GAGAGAGAGAUGUCUUACAGAAGAGAGAGGUGUGGCAACUGUGGUGUGGAGCUGCAAUUCCCACUCGAUGCAAAGUCGGUCCGUUGUGCAGCUUGUCAUGCCAUCACUACCGUUCGAACUCGAGAUCCAGUGAAGCAGGCAGCUAACUGGAUCAAAGGAUUUGUCAAUCAUGUUGCCUAUAAUGCAAUCAAUUCUCUCUCAUCUUCGUCCUCCUCCCCCCUUUGGGCUAGUGAGCCCUAUACCUAUCAAUCUCUAAGGCCUCCUACCUAUCCUCAAGUGCAUGGGAAGAAGAGGGCAUUGUUAUGUGGAGUGAGUUACAGACAAAGGUGGAAUGAGCUCAAGGGAACCAUUAAUGAUGUAAAUUGCAUGAAGUAUUUGCUUUGUGAUCGCUUCGGCUUCUCUCCAAACUCCAUUCUCAUGCUCACAGACGAAAGAGAUCCUUAUAGAAUACCCACGAAGCAAAACAUGAGAACGGCUAUGCGUUGGCUCGUUCAAGAUUGUCAACCAGGAGAUUCAUUAGUCUUUCAUUACUCUGGUCAUGGCUCACAACAAAGGGAUUCUAGUGGAGAUGAAAUUGAUGGAUAUGAUGAGACCCUGUGCCCUCUAGACUAUGAAACUGUAGGAAUGAUUGUUGAUGAUGAAAUCAAUGAAACAAUUGUCAGGCCCCUUCCUGAAGGUGUUAAACUUCAUGCGAUCGUAGAUGCUUGUCACAGUGGCACCGUACUGGAUUUACCUUUCCUGUGCAGAGUAAACCGCUAUGGGUACUACCAAUGGGAGAAUCACAACCCUCCAUCUGGUGCAUACAAGGGUACAAGUGGUGGGGAGGCCGUAUCUUUCAGUGGUUGUGAUGACCAUCAAAAGUCUUCAGAUACCUCGGCUCUAUCAGAGGGCACGAAUACCGGCACUAUGACUUAUUGCUUCAUCCAAGCAUUGCUCACUGGUUCUGGAACAACAUACGGCAGUCUACUUAAUGCCAUGAGGUCUGCGAUACGUGGGGCCCACUCGGGUCUUAUAGGUGGCAAUGGUCCUCUCACCUGCCUUUUGAAAAGGGUUUUAUGGGAAGGGAUGAAGCAGGAGCCUCAGCUGACAUCUUCAAAGCAGUUCGACAUAUACAGGACGCCAUUCUGCCUGUGACGAUCAUCUUGUUCUAAAGAAUGGCUGGUUGGAGGACAUCAUGGAAUGUGGGCAAAUUACUCAGGGCUGAUUUUCAGAUUGUCCUUAAUUGCCUUUCUUGUAUCCUUUCAAAUAAUACACCCUGCAUUCGCCUCAAUAUCCUUCCAUGAUUCAUGCAAUGGACCUCACUAUAAUAAAUUGGACUAUCCAAUAUCCUGAUGGUUAGAAUUGUUAGCAAGAUUAAGUCACAAACCUUUGUUUACCUUAAUUUUUGUGAGGCCUCAUUUAGGAGAAGAAUUCAUGUUAAGCAACAAUUGCAUUUCUAAGAUCUAUGUACACUGAUUGUCUUAAGUGUACUCGCAUGUAUGUGUGUGUCUGUUUGCAUGGGCAUACAUUCUAAGAACCGGACUUGGUCUUGGAGAAAUUGUAGAAUGUUGAAAAAUAUUCCCAUUAAAAAAAUGGCAGAAAGAGGUCAGGUUAAUAAGUAGCAAAGGAGAGGAAGUCAUAUCAGUGGAGG